UAAACUGUCGUCUGUCAAUGGUCAGCCAGUAAAGUGUCAGGAAAUAUAUAUUUUUAUGGCAAACGAUUUCAUCAGCUUGUUUUGAUUUAGAAAAGGAUUGGAAUAAAAAUAAGUUGUUCUGCAAGAUAAAUACUGAGACUUCAGACGUCCUUAUUGGCAUCCCAGUUCCAUAAAAACGAUCAAACAGGAGUUACCAAAAAGGAGCUAUACGCUCCAAAAGACAAUUCCAACGAAACAAACAGAAAAUUUCACAGGCCAAAGCCAAAAGAGCUGCUGCGUCCAUUAAGAAAGCUGAAUCAGCCGUCCCACUCCUCACUAGAGAGGCCAUCAGAAACAUUGUGCACAGCAGAAACCCUGACCUAGGAGAUGCGCAAGAGAGCCUAGAAAACGAACCAAACGUUUAUAAAGAAGAAGAAGAAAAUACAGCAAUGUCUUCCAACGAUAGCAAGUCUAGAGAUGAAGUAAUGGCCGCUAGGCAGGCAAAGAAGCAAGCUAAAAAAGGAAAACUUAAGGACCCAGCACAAAGUGAAUCUAAAGAACAAACUCCAGCACAAAACGCUGAUCUUAGACCAGUACAAAAUGCUGAUGUUAAAGAAACAGCUCCAACAGUAAACAAAUCAAAGGUCGAACAAGGACCUUCAAAAGUAGAACCUAAAACAAAUUCACUGAAAGGUAAAGAUGAAGUUGAUAAAGCUGUUAAACUAGACACUAGUAUAACAGAUGCUGGUGAUAAGAAUAAAGAACAAAUUAAAGCAGAAAGAGCCGCUAAGAAGGCUGCAAAGCAAGCUAAGAAGAAGGGUGCAGCGGAAGGAGAUGGACUUGCAGACAAACCGGCUGUUAAGGAAGUUCCGAAACCAGUCAACAAAGAUACAACUGUCAAAGAGGUACCUAAGCCAGUCAAUAAAGAUGCAACGGAGGUCCCUAAGCCAGUCAAUGAAGAUAUGACUGUGAAGGAUGUAGUGGAAACUUUAAGAGAUAUAGCUAAUGUAGCCAAGGACAUGAAGGAGGUCACUAAUAAGGUUAUGGAUUUGAGCGGCAAAAAGGCAGAAGAAAGCAACAAAAGUAAGUCAGAGUUGAAGGCGGAAAGGCGCGCGAAGCAAGAAGCUCAAAGGGCAGCUAAACAGGCCGCGUUAGACAAAGCUGCUGCAGCCAAACCCAAGGUUGAGGUUAAGGCUGCCCCUGAAAAAGAAAAUGCUAGACCUAAGGAGGAGAAGGCGCCUAAACAGAAGGUAUCAGACAAGACUAAAGUGAAGGCAGUCAGUUCUAACAGAGUGAACUGGUUCCAGCACCUAUACAAGGAGCAUGACAAAGAGUCGCUCAAGUCCAUCGCUAUCAACUCCAACUUGCACCCAGCGAUUGUAAAGUUAGGCGUACAGUUGGCAUCUCGUGUCGUAUCCGGCUCAAAUGCCCGCUGUGUAGCUUUGCUAGAUGCGCUUAAAAAGAUGGUUCGUGACUACACGCUCCCAGCUAAGACAGAGUUUGCCCGUGGUCUGGAGUCUCACUUGGCGACUAGCCUGGACUUCCUGUGGGCCAUGCGCCCCCCCUCCGCCUCGCAGACUAAUGCCGUCAAGUUCUUCAGAUACCAUCUCACGCAGCUGCCCAAUAACGUCGAUGAGUUUGACGCAAAGAAAACGCUACAAGAAGAAAUAGACAGAUACAUUAGAGAACAAAUCGAAAUGGCUGGCGAGGCAAUUAGUAUUGCCGUGCGCAACAAAAUCUCUGACGGAGACAAUAUUCUCACUUAUGGAUGCUCAUCACUAAUCGAGCGUAUUCUCCGCGACGCGUGGACAGCGGGCCUGAAGUUCCGCACGGUGGUUGUCGGCAACCGCGUGCAAACAUCUGCCACGCAAAUGUUGCGGCGACUGGUUGCUCACGGCCUGCCCUGCACUUAUGUCGAUAUUACCGCGCUUGGAUUUGUUAUGAAUAAGAUCAACAAAGUGAUCCUUGGCGCGGGCGGGCUGCUGGUGAACGGGUCGGUGCUGGGCGCGGCGGGCACGGCGCAGGUGGCGCUGGCGGCGCGCGAGCAGAACGUGCCCGUGCUCGUCGCCUGCGAGACGCACAAGUUCUCGCAGCGCGUGCAGACUGACGCAUUCGUUUAUAAUGAGAUCGGUGAUCCCGACGACCUAAUCGACAAAUCAGACGAGAACUCACCCCUGAAGGACUGGCGGUCCAACCCAAACCUGACACCGCUCAACCUGACAUAUGACGUCACACCGCCCAGUCUCGUCACCGCAGUUGUGACCGAACUCGCCAUAUUACCCUGCACCAGCGCCCCCGUCGUACUACGAUUCAAAUUAUCCGAAUACGGAGUGUAAAUAAAAUAUUUAUUAAAAAUAAAUGUUAGUAAAACCUUUCUAUGUAUGUAAUAAAAUUGCAUAAUGAACUGA